UCUGGUGACCUCGGCUUCCAAAAUUCUCAAAAUUUUUGCCUGCGGCGUAAUGAAGAAAGAUUUAUCGGUAUAUGGGAGAAUUUGCAUGGAUUAAGAUGGAUUGGAGUUAUAAUUGAGGGGAUUAAAAGGGAUAUGGAGAGAUUUGGGCGUGAUAAGUGUAUCAAAUUACCUGAGACGGAGUUAGGAUAUCAAAAAAAUAUUUUUUAUUCAUUUAAGUUCAUUUUAAUUACUUCUUCAUUACUUUCACCUCUUUUAUCCAUUUCUGUUGCUUUUUCAAUUAUUGGAUGGAUUGGAAUUAAAUUUAAUUCAAUAAUGCCUAUAAUGCCGUUUCUCGUUUUUGGUAUUGGGGUGGAUAAUGCUUUUUUAUUAAUACAUUCUUGGAGGAAAUGGGCUUUGAUUGAACAAAGCGAAUUAAAUGAGAAUGAAGAAAGUAAUCAAAAAAUAGAUAAAAAUUUAAUAUUAAUAGUAUUUGUUAAAAAACAAGGCGAUUAUGCUGGAUGGUAA